AUGAAGGCGCAGGAAAUAAAUGGGCAAAUAAUCGCCCAGGGAAACUACACCCGCAGAGCCUUCCAAGCGAACAACAUCAAGAUAAAAACGAAGAGUAUAGUGAGUGCCAUAGAAAACCUCCCACCAAAAAGCACCAACCUACUAACCCUCAAUGAAAAUCUAAUUUCGAAAAUCAGGAGUGAUGGAUUAGAAAUAAUAAAAAAGGAAGGAGAAAUAUUAGACGUAAAUUCGAAGAAUGUUUGUUACGCUUUGAAGAACGGAAAGUUUCGUUUGAUUAAUCAGAAUGGAGUUAACACGACAAGGAUAAAGCUACCGUACGAUAAUGAGGUAGUGUAUGUAUCUUUCAACAAGGAAAAUGGAAAAUUUUUGCUUCUCCUGGAUAAUAAGGGGCAUUUAUAUAUAUACAAUAUUAAUGAGUACAAGGUAGAGUUGAUUCUAUGUUUGAAUUUUCCUCCAUAUCAGAAGAAAUCAUCUUCAUGGACGACCUCUUUAUCGUCUUCUAAUAACUUGGGCGUUGAAAGUACAUUAAAAAGUGGCCUCCCUUUAAAAGCCAGUUGGCUACCCAAGAGUGACAACUUCUUUCUAACUGGUCAUAAAAACUGUUUGUACAUUUGGAAUAUUUCUCUUCUGAUUAAUGCCAUAGCUUCUAAGAAGAAGAAGGACGAGCUGGAUGUCACUGAUGAUCUCGUGGCCGGGUGUGCCGUCACACUGCUCCUUGAACCUAUUUUGCGUCGUUACAGCUACGUGGCUGGUAAGAAGGGCGACAAUCAAUCUGGUAGAAAACUGGACGACACGUUACACAACGCUGCGAUCCCGGAGAAGACCAUGUUAAACACCUACUGCAUGAGCCUGAACGGAAAGUAUCUCCUCGCGCUGGUGAACAAUCACUAUACAAUCAUUUGGCAAAUACAGCGGAAUAAUCAGAGAAUGAAGUUUACCCUUGUCGGUUUCAAUUGCCUCCUCAAGGAAUUGAAAAAGGUUAAAGCGAUGUUGCAAACAGGGCAAUCACAAAACGGGGAGGUCAAAGUGAUGGACCAUGCGCUGGGACACCAACCCAGUGAAGCGAACAUUCAAGGUGAUCAACACAGGGGAAGGUGUAUCGAUGUGGAAAUAUCUUCUGUGCAUAUAUUGAACAGUUUUUUUCAAGCCAACGAAAGUGGUGAUAACACAAACCAAAGCCCCUAUUACCUGCUCGUUUUCCACAGCUCCUGCUGUAUAUCGGUUUUUCCGUUUAAUAAUAAAUGUGAUUCCAAUGGACAAGAGACAACAGAGCGUAUUGAUAUACUGAGGGAGAGUAGUAUACAGAAUAUUUUUGUGGAGAGGGAUAACGUGAGCAUCGAAAACAUUGAACUCUUUGUGGACCCCUCGGAGUUUUUUGUCUUUUUUAAUAUUUCCUACAGAACAGGAGGCGCAAACACAUCGCACACCAACAGUAGCCUCAUAUUUAUUCUGGAAAUAUUUAAUAAAAAGAGACUAGACUUUAAAAUACACCCCAAAUUUAUCCAUCUACCGAAUAACUCCAUCUUGCCCCUCUGUUCCAUCAGGUUAAUCAAAACGAACGACUGCCUUAAGUUCUCCAAAGUUUUAAACGUAUCAGUUUCUUCUUCGUCUUUAAAUAUAAUUAACCUUUUUAUGUUUUCCAUUAUUUUUAAUUCGUCCAAGAAGAGUGUGAGCGUGCAAUCUUUUUCUGCGCCCAUUCCACUACUGAUGGGGGAUGUUAACGGCGCCAGUGGUGGGGAGGGCACUACGCAUGGGAACUCGCAGGUGGCAUUGAAGCGGGUAGACGAACAGGACAAAAAGGAUACAAAACGGGUAGACGAACAGGACAGAAAGGUUACAAAACGUGGAGACGAACCGAAUAAUAAAGAUACGAAACAGGGAGAAGUUCCCAAUCCUAAUGAAGGCCAAGCGACCAGUGCGAAUAAUGGACCUUCCCCUCCCGCAGCGCACCCUGGUGAGAAGAUACAACCCCAUAAUAUUAAAAAGGAAAAUGGAGAAACUACGAGCAUACAGAAUAAUAUAGCUCAUUAUGAGGAAUUCCUAAACGCGAUAAUGACCUCGGGGGUGGGAAGUAAGAACACAGGCGACGCCGUGGCAGCCAAGGCAGCCAUAACAGGCGUCCCAGAAAAUGUCAACGGUGGGCAUCAAAGUGAAAGGGAAGUUGCUACUCUACCAAAUAACAAUGGAAACUCCCUUCAGCCUAUGAGUAAGGAAGAAAUGGCAUUUUUAACUUCGCUCAAAAGAAGAGGAGUAGAAACGGGCAUAACGCCCCAGGGGAAAGUAACCAUAGGUACGUCUACUGUUAUUCCUAGUACCAAUGCAAACGUGAUAGGUACGAGUGAAGGAAUUCUCAAUUCGAAUAGUGAUGCGAACCCUCACAGUGAAGGAGCAUGUGUUAGCAUAGGCAAGACCCUAGAGAAUCUUAUGGGCAAGGGUCACACGGACGAGGUAUUCCAUGCAUCGGAAGAAGGAACUUAUUCACCAAAGAAACAGUUUAUCAUGGGUCAUCCUGAAAUGGACCAUCUGAAUACCCUGGCGAAUGAGAAACACAAAGGAGAGCAAUUGCAGAUGGCGUGGAAGGUGUGUGAAGGUGGAAGAGAUACAGCCUUUGUGAGGGGUUCCCCUGAGGAGGGCCUAGAAAGUGUAUGCAGCAAUUCUUAUGUGGAGGACGUCCCCCCGCAGAACACAAACCCUAUUGGAGAAGUGCAAAGGAAUGAACAGUUCGAAGAGUUGGAUAAAUUGGAAACGUUGGAAAAGAUGGAAGAAGCAGAGAGCACAAAAAUAUUGGCUCCAAUAACGUCACAGAGGAAGAGCCAAAAUGAGGGUCAUGCAGAUGCUCUUUUUUCCUUUAUGGAAGGAGGAAGGAGCGUUUCACCCCAAGGAGAAACGAACUCAGUAGAUGUUGAUGUAGCACUUUCCCCGCACAUUAGGAUUAAUACAGAAAUGAACGAACAGGAAGAAAAAAAAACCGUCGAACAUAAUAGCAACAUUGACAUUAUAAUGUCGACACAUGAGGACGCACUGCGCAGGUUCAUGGAGUGUGAGGACGGAGGUGAACCGAGCGAGAUGGACCAUUUGGAGAAGUCGGACGGGGAAAGCAUUCCCAAAUUGGAUACUCAACAUAGCGUUAAGGACGGAGAGGUAGAAGCAGAGCAGAUUCCAAUCGAGGAACACAUGCAGCAGAACGAACCUUAUGACAAGAAGGAAAACGAAGGGGGAUUGAAGAAGGAGAAAAAUCUGAACUCUUUUUUACACAAGUUAGGGUUUUUUAAAAGUAGUCCAUCCACAUGUGAGGAGACAGCGGUGGAGGAACUCGCUCGGAAAGAUUCUUGCUCUAUGGCACCCACAGGAAUAAGCAACAACAACGAGGGAGUUCUCUUGAACGAGCGGAAAGAUGAGAAAGAGAAGGAAAAACAACUGGAGGUAUCAUCAUACAAAGGUGAGAACAAGUCAGACGAAUGUAGCGAGUUAUGUGAGACUCGUGGGAUGGAAGGCUUGGUUUUGGACCCCACGGAAGGAGGAAGUCUCCUGGUAGAUAAGGAAACCAAGUUGAUGGUGAAAAAAGGAGAAAGUGAAACAGUCGGAUUGAACAAAUGCUCUAAUAAUGAACGAGAAGGGGAGAACGCUAAGGAAGCCUUAUGUAACAACACCCCGUCAGAUCCAACUGUGGAGGGAGAAAGAGGAAAGAUAUCAGAUGACUUGCUCAAACAGAUGUGUAGAGAGAUAUGCAAAAAGGUUAGCGACAAAAUGGCAGAUAUGAUAUACAAUGAAAUUGCAACCUCUGGAAUGGCAAACCUGACGGAGAAAGCGACUACUCAGGGGCAAAAGAAGGAGAGCCAUUUGGAAGGAACCAUCAAUCCAGGAGGAGAAAUGUCAUACAAAGAAAUGGCAGACAUGAUUAAAAAUUAUGACAAGAGGAUGAAUGAAAUGAUGGAAGAAAUAACCAUCCUCAGGAAUGGAAAUAAAAAUAUGAAUGGGAAAAUUCUUUCCAUUGGCACGACAGUGGGAAAAAUUUAUGAUGCGAUAAAAGGGGGGGCUCCCCAAAGCGGUGGUGUGAAUAGUGGCAAUUGCGUGAGCGUACAUGGAAUGUACUAUCGUGGACAGAAGGCCAACGGAUAUGAUGGCAAGGUGGAGAAGCUGAUAAGCGAAAUGAACUCUUUUAAGAAAGCCAUGUAUAGUGAGACGAGCAAAUUGUCUGAAACGUUAUCGUCCAUGUCGGAAGACUUGAAGAGCGCCUUCACGAAAUCGAUAAAAGGGAAUAACGAACAACUAAAGAAGUGGGCACUGGACAAUGUGAGGCACGGUCGCAGGGAUGAAGAGGGGCAUCAUAUGGGCAUCACCACGGAAAACGGAGUAGACAACGACGUAGAUCACGAUAGGGCCACAAAACAAGAAGGAAAAAAAAGCACAAAUGCUCCUUUAACCAAAGACAUGGCUGACUUCUUUAACAGUGCGCAUCAGAACGCUGUGAAGAAAAUUAUGCCCUCAGUUAUCUCAUCGGAGAUUCAAAUUCAGUUCGCCAAAAGUGUAAUCCCUGGAAUGAGAGAAGCAUACAACACGGGUUUCCAGUCAAUGAAGGAGUCACUAAACUCGUUGCUAGCGGAAAACAAGCAAUGGAUAAGUAAAGAAUUAUGUACCAUAGAGAAGGCAGUGUUGUGUGAGAAGGCUGAGGGAGGAAAAAGUGAAGACACGCUAAUUUCCAUUAGCAACAAACUUGAGGAACUGCAGAACGAAAUGAAGCUUUUCACGUUUAAUAUGUAUAAGCAGAUUUCAUACCUGCGGGAUGAUAUUAACGGAAUUGGGAAGGAGCGCAUGAUGGAGGUGUCCGAAGGGGCGGGACUCUCCCAUGCGAUGUUGCGUGCGGAAGGGGAAGAUGCCCGUGAGGAGGAGGAAGUCAGCUCCGGAGCGGAGGAGGAGAUGGACCAACGGGUCGAUCAAAACGGGGAGAACGACUACCUGAAUGAUUAUCGAAGUGAUUACCAAAAUGAGCAAAUAAAUGAUCCCACUGGGGCAAGGGAGUACGGGCAUCCAAACCAGAGGAUCAUAGAUGAUAACCAAAAUAGAAGUAGCAGCUCCAUCGUGGAGUUAAAACAAGAAGAGGAUUACCCCUCCAAGACACGCAACGAAACUUCCGACAUCCUCAUCAAAGGUAGAAUUAACCACUUACUGAGUGAGCGAGAACUGAACCAAGCAUUCACAUUAGCUCUCUCUAUAGAUAUCGAAAGGAAUACCAAUGCGCACUGGCUUCUUCAGUUGUGCCACAGAUUCAACGUGAAGCAUGUCCUCAAAGACAAGUUGUCUCUAACACAACCAGUACUACUAGGUAUAAGUAAAAUAUUAUGUGAAUCCCUUGUGAAGACAUCAAACUUAACAAUGGAGGAUGCAGACUUCAGGAUGAAAUGGGUUCAGGAAUGUUUGCAAGAGUUGGACGUAAACCAUUCUGACUUAGUAAAAACGAACUCAUAUAUUUUUCUAAAAAAUAUGCUAAAUAAUAUUUCAGCGUUUAGCUACCUUGUGGGAAAGGAAAUUGGAAAAUUAAACGACUGCGUUGUAAAUUUGGCAAACCUUGACUUAAACAAAAGGAUACUUUUAAAUGAAGAUCCUCAGUUAGGAGGUAAGAAGAUGUCGAACAGGUCGGGCACAGAGGAGACAGAGGCAUUAGCCAGUAGAAACCUGUACUUGGGUUCUCCACAGAAGUAUUAUUUGCACAACAAAAACAUGCUCGUGGCACUGCAGGAGAGACUCAUGCUUAUUAGGAAAUUACUAAAAAGUAUUAUCGGAAGCCUGGGCGCCAACGAAGAUUCCCCCAUGUAG